AUGUCUCUUCCCUGGCUGAGCCAACCGGUCAUGUUACACUCCAGCCGCGAUGCUGGAACUUGCUCUAUGACACCUGAGCAAUGUGCUUUCAAGACGGGUUACUGGGUGUUUUGGUACGAGGCUGAUCAUCGAUACGGACUACCUACUGUUGCUUUCUUCGUAACGGUUAUAUUGUUUGCGGCUAUUGCCAGCUUUGCCUCGACAUACGCCCCGACAUCGUGGAGAAGAAACUCAUUAUGGCUAAGGACUUUGUCAUCAGGCCGUCUCUUAUCCUAUAAGAGUUGGCGGCUUGGUUCCUGGAACACACAGUCCCUAGGCACAUAUCUCCUCGGCGCUGUAGGUGCUAUGUUCUUCUUAGCAAUGACCCUCGGUCCUCAGCCAUACUACUGGCCUAACACCAAACAACUGAGCUUUGGUAACUCGCCGCCAAUUGCCACUCGUGCCGGUUACAUGGCAUUGGCAUGUAUGCCAUUUCUUUUCAUUCUAGGCGCUAAGGCAAACCCGAUUUCAGCCCUGACCGGUAUAUCCCAUGAGAAACUCAAUAUCUGGCAUAACUGGGUGGCAUGGGCUAUGUUUGUACUUGCGCUGGUCCAUACGUUUCCUUUUAUCGUAUUUCACAUCUGGAAAGGCGACAUAGUCAAGCAGUGGAAUGAUGGAGGUAUGUGGGCUACAGGCGUCAUUGCUAUCCUAGCUCAAGCAUGGUUGACCUUCAUGUCUAUUCGUUGGGUCCGGGACCGAUAUUACGAGCUGUUCAAGGCAACCCACCUCUUUGCAGCCGCUGUCUUCUUCAUUUUCUUCUUCAUCCACUGCGACUUCCGUCUCACCUCAUGGGACUACUUCAUCGUCACAGCUGUGUUGUACGCUCUAUGCUUCUUCUACUCACAAUUCAAAACCUUCAUGGAGCACGGUGUCGAUCACGCCCGAGUAUCACUGGUCACACCACAUUGUCUGAAGGUCGUCAUUGAAACCAAUGCCCGGUGGACACCGGGACAGCACGUGUAUCUGAGGUUUCUCACUAGCGGCAUGCACUCAUUGACUGCCCACCCGUUUACGAUCUGCUCGAUCCCACGACACGGCCAGCGAAACGAAAUGGUCUUCUAUAUCCAACCGAGAGGAGGGAUAACUGCUAGGCUUGCUGCGAUUGCUCGGAAAGUUCCGGAGGCACCUGUUAGAGUACUGCUCGACGGUCCGUACGGUGGCGUUACGGAUCGAUGGUUCGCUGGCUUCGACCGAACGCUCGUUGUUGCGGGGGGUGCAGGGGCAGGAUUCUCUUUACCAAUGAUCGAGCACAUUUUACAACGACAAUAUAGAGGGACCGCAAACACAGAGAUGGAAGUUAUUGUGGCAACCCGUGAUCUCGAGUUCCGGGAAUGGUACUGCAGAGCAUUGGACGACAUUAUUGCUCGACGUCCCCAUGCCGAGAACACAAAGGCGCCAUGUAUUUCAAUUUCUUUCCAUGAGACCGGGACCUCAGUGCAAAACAAGUCGACCUCGUCAAAUCAAGAAUCUCCGGCAUACGAUGCAGACAAGGAGGUGAUUGAAACACCCGGGAAGUCUUCCGACACUGAAUGGCAAUCACCUUAUGGGCUGGUCAGUCUACGCACCUCCAACGGACGACCAGAUGUAUCCGCAAUUUCCAGGCGAGCCAUUGAGCAAUCAGGGAGCGUUGGCUUAGUAGCCUGUGGUCCGGCAUCAUUGGUCUUCGACUUGUCUCAAGUUGCGGCCGAAGCCCAGAAAAGCAUUCUGCAAGGCGGAGGUGGUGCCAGUGAGGUCUGGUUCUACAAGGAGAACUUUUCGUAA